AAAAAGAAAGCACCGGUGGUAAAAAGAUUCUUUUGUCCUCCACCGGCUGAAUCACCACCCGAGGAACGAAUGUUUACCCCCUCUCCUCUCUCCCUCGCAGCAACCGCACCAGCGCGCGAUCGACGACACUAUAUAUAUAGCGUCCCCGAAGCUUCUGUCUCACCAAGCAACACAACACAUUCGCUCGCUCACUCGCUCUCCUCGUCCAGCACUCCAAUUCCCGGCCAUCCAGCUCGACCGAUCGCGUCCAUGGACGGCGGCGGCGGCCACAGCCCGGACCUGCAGCCGGCGGAGCCGGUGCGGUCGCGGUGGACGCCCAAGCCGGAGCAGAUACUCAUCCUGGAGUCCAUCUUCAACAGCGGGAUGGUGAACCCGCCCAAGGACGAGACGGUCCGCAUCCGCAAGCUCCUCGAGCGCUUCGGCGCCGUCGGCGACGCCAACGUCUUCUACUGGUUCCAGAACCGCCGCUCCCGCUCCCGCCGCCGCCAGCGCCAGCUCCAGGCGCAGGCGCAGGCCCAGGCGCAGGCUCAGGCGCAGGCGCAGGCGUCCGCCGCCUCCUCCGGGUCGCCGCCCGCGCCUGGCGGCCACGCCUCGUCGACUUCGCUCGGGCUGUUCGCGCACGGCGGCGCGGCGUACAGCUCCUCCUCCUCCUCGUCCUCGUGGCCGCCCUCGCCGCCGUCGGUGGGGAUGGUGGGGGAGAUGGACCAGUGCGGGGGCGGCGACGACCUGUUCGCCAUCUCGCGGCAGAUGGGGUACGCGGACGGCGGCGGCGGCGGGGGCGGCUCCGGACCGUCGUCCUUCUCGGCGGCCGCCGCGCAGCAGCAGCAGCAGCUUUACUACUCGUGCCAACCAGCGGGCAUCACGGUGUUCAUCAACGGAGUGGCGACGGAGGUGCCACGGGGCCCCAUGGACCUGCGCUCCAUGUUCGGGCACGACGUGAUGCUCGUCCACUCCACCGGCGGCCUCCUCCCCGUCGACGACUACGGCGUGCUCAUGCAGAGCUUGCAGAUGGGCGAGAGCUACUACCUGGUCGCGAGGUCGAAUUAAUGGAGCCGGUUUGCUGAUUGGUGUCAAAUUUGGUCUGGUUCCUUGGAUCAUUGUAGACGGACGCAUGCGUGCUGCAGGUUCAGUUAAUCUGUCAAGGCGAACGGAAGCUAAUUAGGAAUGGGAUUGGUGGUGACUGCACGAUGGACGACCGAUCGAGAAGCAAAGCAGUGAACGACCAAGGCCGUCAAACCGGCCGUGUGCAUGGCUGUACGUGCGUGCCUGGUCGACAUACGCAUCUUAAUUAUAUAGAUAUAGCGGCAAUAUAUAUACAUAUAGUGCACCAUGUGUCCAGUCCAACAUAUAUCCGCCUAUGUAAUCAUCAAUCGACCCAUAUAUGCAUGCAUACCACCGUGAACAACAUAUGCAUGCAUGUAAUCAUCAAUCAACCCAUAUUGUGGUCUUUGCCCGCCCCUAGCUAGCCAUUAUUUCACCUGCGUAUUUUCUCUGUAUUUGCUUCGUCGAAAUCAAUGUAUGUAACGCCAAAUAACA